GGGCUGGGUUGGCGGGAAAAUAACUGGAUAUUGGGCUUGUUGGGCUUGCGUUGAGACCCAUCUAAUCACUUAACUGCAAUAAAAAUAAGUGGAAAUUGGAGGAGAAAAUAGAGUAGAAGGAAGAGCAUCGAACAUCUUGAGCCUCUCGUCAGAGAUAAGAGAACAAUCUGAAGCAGGGGCUUCGAUUUUCUCCUCAUCGCAGAUUCUCAGCUCGCCAUUAGCUCAUCUUCCCUUUGUCUUCUUAUCCUUCCCUAUCGUCCUUUUCAUUCCUAUCAUCGGCAUCAUCGUCAAUUCAUCACUCUGCCACCACUCGCUCGCUCGCUCACUCCAAUUUCGUUGUACCACUGCCACCUCCCCUUUCAAAAUCUUCCGACUCCGGCAAUCAAUGGCGUCCGCCACCGCCCCGACCUCACUUUCCCUCCUCAAAACAACAGUUUCAUCUUCAUCCGCUUCCCGUUCACGAGCCGCCGUUCUCCCCUUUUCCUACUCUGGCCUCCGCUCGUCCUCUUCUUCUGGCCUCCGCAGCCUCGCAUUCUCCGCCGCUGACCCUCUAACCAUCCGAUCCCUCUCCUCUUCUUCCUCCUCCCGCGCCAAGUCCCACAGGGGAUUGGUCGUGUCUGCCGUCAAGAAGAGCGUUGGGGAUUUGAGCGCUGCUGAUUUGAAGGGGAAGAAGGUUUUCGUGAGAGCUGAUUUGAAUGUGCCGCUCGAUGACAACCAGAAUAUCACCGAUGAUACCAGAAUCAGAGCUGCAAUCCCUACCAUUAAGCAUUUGAUGCAAAAUGGAGCUAAAGUCAUCCUCUCCAGUCACUUGGGUAGACCGAAGGGUGUUACCCCAAAGUUCAGUUUGGCGCCUCUGGUUCCCAGAUUAUCUGAACUCCUUGGUAUCGAGGUUGUGAAGGCUGAAGAUUGCAUUGGCCCAGAGGUGGAGAAAGCAGUUGCUGCGCUCCCCGAGGGUGGAGUUCUUCUCCUUGAGAAUGUGAGGUUUUACAAGGAGGAAGAAAAGAACGAACCUGAAUUCGCCAAGAAGCUUGCCUCCAUUGAGAAUGUGAGAUUCUACAAGGAGGAGGAGAAGAACGAUCCCGAGUUUGCUAAGAAGCUUGCUUCUCUUGCUGAUGUCUAUGUCAAUGAUGCCUUCGGUACUGCCCAUAGGGCCCAUGCUUCCACCGAAGGAGUUGCCAAAUUCGUGAAGCCUGCUGUUGCUGGCUUCCUCAUGCAGAAGGAACUUGAUUAUCUUGAUGGAGCUGUUUCGAACCCCAAGAAGCCAUUUGCUGCAAUUGUUGGGGGGUCGAAGGUGUCAUCCAAGAUUGGCGUGAUCGAAUCUCUAUUGGAGAAGGUCGAUGUGCUGUUGCUGGGUGGAGGAAUGAUCUUUACAUUCUACAAGGCCCAAGGAAAGGCAGUGGGAUCAUCCCUUGUGGAGGUAGACAAGCUCGAGCUGGCUACUACACUCUUUGAGAAAGCAAAGUCCAAGGGCGUGUCCCUAUUGUUGCCUACUGAUGUGGUCAUUGCUGACAAAUUUGCUGCUGAUGCCAACAGCAAGGUGGUGCCAGCAUCCGAGAUCCCUGAUGGGUGGAUGGGUUUGGAUAUCGGGCCAGAUUCCAUCAAGACGUUCAGCGAGGCAUUGGAUACCACCAAGACCGUCAUCUGGAAUGGACCAAUGGGUGUGUUCGAGAUGGAUAAGUUUGCAGUGGGAACCGAGGCAAUUGCCAAGAAGUUGGCUGAGUUGAGUGGGAAGGGUGUGACAACGAUCAUUGGAGGAGGAGACUCGGUGGCUGCAGUGGAGAAAGUUGGGUUGGCUGACAAGAUGAGCCAUAUAUCCACUGGAGGAGGUGCAAGUUUGGAGCUUCUGGAGGGGAAGCCACUCCCUGGAGUCCUUGCUCUUGAUGAGGCAUGAAGCAGCUCUAAGCUGUAAGGGGUAUGUGGGAUGGACCUUGGAGGGGAAUGGUUGUUGUCUGCAAUUUUUGUGUCUUUUGGUGGAUUCUGCAUAGUCUAUGGAGAGGGUUGGUUUUAUAACCCCAUAGAGUGGAUGAACUCUUUAUGAUAUCCUUUUGUAGAGAGAUGAGAGCGAGGCUGUAGAGGGAUAUGAUGCUUUAAAUAAGCGGGCUUUCUUUCUUUGAAUGAAAAGGAAUGCAUCAUGAUGGAUGCCUAAUCCCAAUAUGUGCUUGAGUCCUUGAAUUUCGUUUAUUUGGAGCUCCCAAUUUAAGCGAGCUUAGCAACACAUUGGCUUUGAAAGUUUAGUUAAGCAAGUAACUAGAUAACCAAAAUCUCUUGAUGUGGGCGACCAAGAAUAGGUCUAUCGCUAGUUUCGGCAAUUAACUUGCUUAGCCACCUGCCAAAGCUCUGUGCCAAGUUGGA